ACAUCGCAUCGGCUCGCUCGCGAACAACUAUACAUCGCAGUAGUGCGUGUAGUAGGCGAGAGCGCGAACGCUUUUCGCGGCGGCUCUACUUUGUUAUUCGCCGCUUUUCGUUGUUUACUCGCGCACUUUCCGAUUAUCGCUUGUAUCUACGACCGUUUGUUUAUGUACUAUAUACACCCACCUGUUGUGCAACGAUCUCCCGCAGCAUCGAUCAUCACCUUGCACAUUAUAUACCCACACGUCGGGCUGAUUAAAUAUUCGCGACAGUUUUUUCGAAAGUGCGCCGCACCUCUGCGCGUUAUUAUAAGCCCGUAGGUGUGCGUAUAUAUACAUAUAAGUUUCUCCGUCUACUCGGCUCGCUGUGCCUGUGUGUAUGUGUGUAUACGUGUGUAAAAAAAGCGAGAAGACGGAAGGAUCGGAAAAGAGGAGAGAAGAGAGAAUAUUAUAAGCGACUAUAGCAGGUUGGAAGAGGAGUAGCGCGCGCGAGAAGGUGGGGGAGAAAAAGGGAGAGAGUGGAAAUAUUUUCGUUAUAAGUACUUAUAUACGCGCGAUGAAAGGAUGCUCGGCGCGCACCACACGUCAUUGACAAAGCCAAGGAAUUCUCGUAAACAUCGAGUCUUCAACGGCGCCCAUUCACGUGCCUCCCAGCGGCCGCAUUCGCGGAUCCCUGAGAAAACAACGCUCGUAGCAUCAGCAGUCACCUGUCAGCCUGCAGCAGUUCUCUCUGAUUAAUACGGAGGUUAUGUUUCGCAACCGCGGCCUAAACUGAAAAACACACGAGCCUCGCCGCAUAUAUGCACAACUGCUGCUGUUUGUUGUUUCUCCGGAGAAAUCGCAGGAAUCCCAAAUCCAUGUUCAACAUGUAUUUAACAAUCAACCUGCAUGAUGAGUGCUAUUGAGUGAAGCUGGUUGGCUAAAUUUUUAUGCUACUCACAAAAGCCUUAAGACAGUAACAAAAUGGAAAGGAGUCAUGCUUCCAAUUUCAGUGGAGCUGGAUCGAAUCCACAUGAAUGUUGGGAAGUUUACCAAAAGGUCUUAGAAGAAACUAAAACUUUGGAUGAUUAUCUCGAUGAGGAAUGCAGUCCAAGAAGUUUUGAUGAAGGUGAAGAAGAAGCUGAGUGGUUGCGGGCAGCUGGCUUAGGGGAGCUCACCGAACCAUGGAAAGAAGGCAGAGAAAUUCAGCCAGAAGAAUUAGGUGCAGCACUACGUCCAUUAUCGCGUGCACAAGCUGAAGCUGUUAAACGGCGCGUGCGCUCACUCAAUCAUACAGUAAAGCAGCGUUAUAAUCAACGGCAGAGAGUUCGCAAGCCAGACAUCAGGGAUGUUUUUAAAGAUGCCGAGGUAUCAAGCACUGGAACGAGAUCCAGGAGUGCUACGCCGGACUCUCUUGAUUCAGUUUCUGGUGAAACACCAGAAAGUGCGUCGCCCCCUUCACCUCCCACUGUUACUGUAAUUACUCCUCAUCAUGGAAACUCACAUGUUCCAAGUUUUGUUUCAAUGUUCCACCGAAAUUCGCACGAAAACAAAGAAGGAAUACGUAGGUUACCAAGUGCUCCUUCAUCAGCUCAUAAUACUACUUUGAACACAACUUCGACUUCAUUGCCUGUACAAGAAAUUUUCCGACGUUCCGGUCAUUGGUCUCAUAGAGGCGAUGUAGCUGGAGGAGAUUCCGAAGGAAUAAAAUUAACGGCUUAUCAGAGAUUAGGAACAAUACACUUAUCUAGACCGACAAUCCAAAGGCUUAGUGGUAGUGAUCCUAGUGAAGUUGCCAAUGCAGACUCAGAGCCUACAGAGAAGUUGGAUUCUUCGAAAGAUAACAGCUUGAGACGAAGCUCUGGAAGUCAUGCUACUGUCACUCGAAGUCACAGCAGUCUGUAUGGUUCGAGAGCGAGAGAAGAAAACAUAGGGACGCGUCCGUUAAAUCGUACUUCAUCGCACGGACAUUUGAGUUUCGAAGAAAUGUGCAGAGCUAAUGAGACGAAAAAUCAAGACUGGGACUCUAACGAUCUUGCUUUGGACGACGGUUAUACACAGCAUGGAAUAGAACUCUUAUCUCAACGAGAUCUCACUAGGCUUCAACCAUUGCUAUGGCUCGAACUUACUGCCGUUUUUGAUAAAUAUAAUUUACCUCUUGUGAGAAGAAAACCCAAUAAACGUAGGAGAAAAUCUGGCAAUUUAUUCGGCGUAUCUUUAUCUACGCUUCUCCUUAGAGACAAUCAAUUGACGAGUGAAGAAAGUAAUACACCGUUAGUGUUCCAAAAAAUUCUUCAUGAAUUAACAAAUCGAGGUGUGAAGGAGGAAGGAAUCUUGCGCGUUGGAGGUCAUAAACAGAAAGUUGAAAUGCUAUGCGCAGAGCUUGAAACUGACUUUUAUAGUAAGCCAAAAGAGAUGGAUAAACUUUUCAAACGAAUCCCGUGCCAUGAUCUAUCAGUAGUUUUGAAAAAGUUACUUCGCGACUUACCACAACCGCUUCUUACUGUCGAACUGAUAGAUGCCUUUUAUCAAACACAUGGUGUCAAGAAUCCAAAUGAUCUCGCCUACUCUUUGAAUCUAUUGGUGCUGCUACUUCCUGUCGAGCAUCGUUGUACUUUAAAAACGUUACUCGGCUUCCUCAAACUUGUAAUAGAAAACCAGAGCUCAAACAAAAUGUCGAUUCACAAUGUAGCUAUGAUAGUAGCGCCUUCGUUGUUCCCGCCCCGAUACAUUUAUCCAAGAGAUCGAACUGAUUUAAGUGCUCAAGUAAAUAUGGCUGCUGUAUGUUGUCAGGUGACUGAAGCUAUAAUUACGAACUUUGAUAGACUAUGGGAUGUGCCAAGUGAGCUGAUUAACCAGCUCAAAAGGCAAGCCAAAGAAGAACGAUAUAGAAAGUUUAAGAAAAAGUAUUGAUGAUUAUACUUGUGUUGUUAUAAAAGUCACUCAAAGUGAUAGCAAGUGCUCUUAGAUUUAAUGUAAAUCAGUGCCUUUUUCACUUUUAAAUGCAUACGUUUAUACGAAAAGUCGUAGCGUGAAAAGCAGCGUAAAUCCCAACAAAAUGUACAAAUUGUACUCUACGUACUUUUUAUUGAUCUUUUGAUCAAUCAUAUGCUGAUAAAAUCAAGCCUUACUCAUAUAUUAUAGUUAACUUUGUAUUCAAUAUUCUUCUAUAGUAUUUUGUAACUACUAGUGCAAUAACUUUUAAAAUAAUACCAUCCGUCUAUGUAUAUCACAUUUAUGUCAAAGAAAAUUGGCGGUAUAAAAAACAUUUUAUUUAUUAAACAUCGAAAAAGCAAGUGAUUUUGAAGUUAAAAAAAAAUAAUGUCCGUUACUUUUUAAGUUUCACGAAUACAUCGAAUUGAAACAUAUCUAUUCAGAUAAUUAAGAAAACUAUUUGAUUAGUAUUGAUAAUAUUUAUUAUUCAUUAAUUUUAUUAUAUCAAGACUAAUUUUUCCAUCUACCUGAACUGCUCAAUGAAGCCAUAAUCUCC